UGAUUUUAGGAUUAUUUCUUGUUUCGAUUUCAUUUUUGCAAUUGACUAGUAAACGAGAUAUGUCACUGUUAUGGCAUAUAAUUAAAAACAACUAAAUUUUGUUUGUUACUUAGGAUAUUCAGAUAUAAUUCAGUAUAAUUUUGACCAAAAAAAGGAACUUUCUCAUUUGCCACUAAUCAACUAGGACAUAGUUGUAAGGUUUUGCAUACUUCUAAGAUUGCCUGAAUAGAUAGAAAGUCCCUUCAAUUGCAAUUGGCUAAUGGUAGAAACUAUGUGCUUGUUUGGUCUGACGUAUGGAACGGAAAGGAACCGGAACAAAAAAAAAAGAGGAGCCGAAUUGUGCAAAGAUUGUUACCUUUAUCGGGUGUUCGGUUUAAGUCAUAGAAUGAAAAAGAGAUUAAUACCCUUUACCACCAAAAAAUAGAUUUUGUUAUUUGAGGGGGAAAGGAAGGUAACAAAUUACGGGAGUCCGUUAUCGCCAAGUAAUGGUAAUGGAUGGAGGAGGGGUUGGACGAAAUACGGAGAAAGGGAAAAUAUGUAAUUUGAUUCCGUUUCUUGGAGCCCAAUUAUAUUGAAACAUACAUGCUCUAAGGAUGUAAGGUCUUUUAAGGAUGAGGAAUAGACUCAAGUGUAAGAGUUGAAACAUGAUUUUUCUUCACAUUUGAGAUUUUCAUGGAGCGUGUCAUCUCAAGGGCUGAGAAAUCGGAGACAACUCGAGUUAUUCGUUUGAUGAUGGACUAGAAAUACUUCAGGAACUGUGCUUCCAGAGCUUCUAGCUUCAAGUGCUGAUGAGUCAUGCAUGUUAUAUGUUAUACUCUACUUUUUGUUGUGAAAACAGAUUAAUUUAUAUGGGUUAUAUGGUAAAGCUUAUAUAUUCUGGUAAUGGAAUGUGGUGAAUCUUUUUGAAUUUGAAAUGCUUGUCCAUCAUCAUGAAGUAGCCGGAGAUCAAUUUUCUCCUACUUUAAGCAAGAUUGAUUUUGUCAUGUGUCAUGUCAAGAUUUUCACCUGCCUAACUUUUUCCUUCCCUCUUCUGAUAAAUCUGGUUUCAACUACAUUUUCAUGCUUGCUUAGGGGGUAUUAAGGACUAAUUUGGUUGCAAUUGGCUGACCAACUUUUAUGGAAAGCCAACUGUUCAAGGAGCUGAUCUUGGGUGUACCAUCGAGCUUUUCCUUUCCCUGUGACGAUGUAGCCACUUCAUUAAUCAGGCGCUGAGUAGAUGACUUUCCCUUUGUUUUUUGAUAUUUUGGUGGGUAUCCAAUUAAUUCCUAUAUGAGUUAUACUGUAGACGUGGACAUGGAUAUUAGUUCUCAGCAUCUUGGUUUGUCUCAGUAUUAUUCAAGCUAAGGUUUCUGUGGAUGUUUUUGGUUGACAAGUCAUGCAUUAUGCCAAAUUAGGAUGUCGAAUCUCAUGAAGAUGUUAAACAUAGUCAAUAAUUGUUAUCUAUACUUUGUUUUCUUGCUUAUGCUAUUGACUGCUACCAAGUACCAACCAUGCGAUAGAAAUGUAAAGUUUUAGCUCUAAAACUGUACAUAAGAAAGUUCUUAGUAUUGUUUUAUUAGCCUCUAUUAGGCAUUAGCAGACAUGUCUGCUAUUCUGUAUAAGAACGUUCAACCAUUGACUAAUUCCUGGACUAGCAAAUUCUUUUGAUGCUAAUUAAACUAGUUUGGUAAUUUUUAGUAUAAUAAGGGAAUUUCACUCUAUUUCUCAAUGGAGUCACCCCAUAAUAUGCAAGUAAAUCAUGAAUAUCACUUCAAUAUUGUGUAAAAAGUGACACCAUGCAUCCGUUUCACCCAAGGUUUAGUUAACUAAUUUGCACAUUCAGAAUUAAGGUCCAUGUAUCCAUCAGCAGAUAUUUUUUUUUUAUUUUUAUUUUGUCACUAUUUUACUUUGAGAAUUCGUAAACAACCUUCCUGCUUAGGAAAAGACUUGCAGCUUUCUUCGUCAAAGAUUAACUGCACAGUUUAUAUACAUAUUCCAAAUGGCUUAUGAAGUAAAAGAUAUCAGGUCAGUGGUACCCUCAAUAAUUUGAGAGUAUUAAAAUUUAUGAUAGAAUAUGGAAAAGUUCUUUGAAAAAUUGUAGACAUAUGCUUUAUAAAUUAUAGGAAAAUUUACUAUAAUUUCUAUUGUCUCCAAAAUAUAUGUGUAGGACUUACCGAAGAAUAUUUCCAUAUUCGAGCAAUAUAUGUUACAAAUUAUAGAUUUGCCUGAAUUGAGAGUUGUCUUAGCAUCUGUAUGUAGAAUUGUAGAUAAUUUAUUGUACAAAAAGUGCAAGAUUUCCCAUUCAAAGGUUAUAGCACGUGGCUAUACAACUCUCUCCCCCUCCCGAGAGAUUAUAAGCACAAAAGGCUGAUUGGCAUGCUAUCUGAAAGCAAAGCGAAGCAAAACACACGAUAAUAAUGGAGGAACUAAUAAUGUCUUGGGAUCUUUAUACAGCAGCUCUGAAAGGGGAUGUGGGCAUCCUUUCCAAGGAACAAGGGACUGGGGAAGGAGCAGCUUCCACAAGAAACGUCGGAUAUAAUGAAUUUGACACGUAUUUUCUCACUUAUACCUUAGAAGAGAGGAACACCAUCCUUCACGUAGCAGCACGGAAUGGUGAAAACCUCGAUUUUGUAGUUGAAGCUCUUAAAAGAUUUCCCACUCUUAUUGACCAGAAGAAUUCAAAGGGUGAAACAGCUCUUCAUAUCUCGGCUAGACAAGGCAACAAGGACAUUAUUGAGCAUCUGGUAACAUUUUACUGUGAUAUUGAGGCAACUGCAGCAAAAAACAAUGACACUGAGCCUGUAUGGAGGGUGAAAAACUCGGAAGGGGAUACACCUCUUCACAUCGCAAUGAAAAGAGGCAAAAUUCAGGUUGUAUUAUUCCUAAUCAGUCUUGAUAAUAGCCUGGCAGGCUCUGUCAACAAUCGUGGAGAAACUCCACUGCAUUUGGCAGCUGAAAUCUGCACUGGUGCUGGUGCAUCAAAUAAUGGAUUGAUCAAGCAAUCAAGCUCAGGAGGCAAGCUACGAGAAGAUAUAUUACGUGUAAUAUACUUGCUGUUGAGAAAACCAAGCUUUGCCGUGCUUAUGCGUGACAAAGAUGGUUUGACUCCGUUACUCAAGGCAGCAUGUUGCAGGAAUUGCAUACCUUUCAUUUCGGUUCUAAUAGCUUACAAUCCACAAUUAUCAGAGCAGCGAGAUCUUAUUGGUAGAACCAUAUUGCACCUCAUGAACAUAGAGGGUUAUAAAGAAGGGAAAAGAUUUUUGGCAACACCAGAAAUUAACCCCCUCAAGGAUGAGCAAGACUUUGGCGGCGACACUCCCAUUCAUAUAGCCAUUAAAAACUCUGAUUUCAUGAAAGUGAGAGUUCUAAUGGAGUGCUCUGCAGAUUUUACAAUCAAUAAUAGCUGUGGCAUCUCAGCUUGGGAUUUAAUUCAUUCACAGGAGGACUUUGCUAUCAGAAUGAAGGACGAGACUGACAAAGCCAUGGAUGGAUUAAUGGAAAGGCAAAUGUAUAGAGCAGCAAUGGGAGGAGACGUGCAAUUUCUUUCUCAACAUGAUGAUAUCUAUUUUCUCUCUCGGACUAAGGAAGGGAACAAUAUCCUUCACAUAGCAUUGGGUUCGGAGUCGAUGAAAGCAACGAAUAUUGUUAUAGAUGCUCUCAAAAGAUGUCCAAUACUUCUUUGUCAAACAAAUUCUCAUGGUGAUACACCACUCCAUCUUGCUGCUAGGUUGAGGAGUUUAGCUGCGCAAGAACUAACGAUAUUUUGCAAGGAUACCUUCCAAAACAAGUUAGAAUUAGUUGUGGGUGCCUCAUUUCUUUAUAGUGCCCCAUGGAGGGUGAAAAAUUUAGAAGGGAACACACCCCUCCAUGAAGCGCUUCGUGCUGGAAAUGCUAUUUGUGCACGGAUUUUGUUACUGCUUGAUGAUGAGGUGGCUUCAUUUGUCAAUAAUAAUAAGGAGACUCCUUUGCAUUUUUAUGCAAAAUAUCAACAAAUACCAGGACCCCUAUCUGCAGGGAGAGAUGGGAGCUUAGCUGAAAUACAAUUACCAGAAGGUGGCGAGCUAGAUUUGCUGCUUAAAGCAAAUAUGUCAGCUCUCUUUUCCAGGGAUAUGGAUGGUCUCAACCCUUUAUUGAGAGCAGCUCAACGUAAUAAUUUUGAAACAAUCAGAAGGAUACUUGACUGCUGCCCCUCUUCGGCGGAAAUUUGUGAUCUCAGUGGUAGGAUGUUUUUACACCUCAUGCCUCUAGAUGAUAAAACUGAAGUGUUACUUGAAAGUUCUCAAAUUAAAGCACAAAUUGAAGCACGUGAUCAUGAAGGAAAUACACCGUUACACAUAGCUAUAAGAAAUCGUCAGUUUAAGAAGGUGAAGGUUCUACUGAAACAUGGUUCUAAAGAUCUUCUUGAUAUGGUCAACAGUCAGGGUGAAGCACCCAUUGAUUUAAUUCGAUUACAAAUUCAAGUGCCUCAUGAGAUCUUGGAGCUCUUUAGAGACAUGUCUCAAAUGCCUCAAGGCAUAUAUGGAAUGCCAGAAGUAGAAGUGAAAGAAAAUGUACAUAUCCUUUUGGUGAUUGCAGUAUUGCUUGCUACAAUUACAUUUGCAGCAGGAUUUACAGUUCCUGGUGGAUUCAAUGACAGCGGGGUUCCUAUUCUCAUAAAUGAGGGAGCGUUUAAGGUGUUCUUAAUCUCGAAUGCAUAUGCAAUGUGUUCCUCUAUGCUGGCAUUGUUCUCCCUUUUCUGGUUCAUGACUGGCAAAGCUUCGGAAGCACUGAAGCUUAUAGACCUGAGCAUCUUUGUUCUCCAACAAGCGUUUUAUGGAACCAUCAUAGCUUUUAUGACAGGGGUAUAUGUGACAAUAUCCCCCAAGGCUUUAUGGACUGCUAUUCUUGUCUGCAUAUUAUGCUCUGGCUUGAUCUUGUGUUCUUUUAAACCAUUAAAUAUGCUUCUUUCUAGAAUCUUCUCUUUUGCCCAUGGUAUCCUUCAUAAAGUUGCAGUUUCUGCAGAAAAGGCUGGGUUGCCUUGCAUCUCAUGUUUGUGCUACGUGUUGCUUUCAGGAUCCCACCUCGAGUCCUCGACUGAAGCGAAAUAAACGUCAGCCUUCCUCAUCGGAGUAUCGGACUUUUUUCGGCCAUCCAUGCAAAAAUUUGCUUGUGGCUCUUAUGUUGUCUAUGCAUGUCUUCUUUUUUGGUGAAAAAGGGGAAGAGAAUAAGUUUUUUUGGUCUUCUUUUCUUCUUCUUGUGAUGUUCCUUGUAUUACAUACACAUUGUGUCAUUGUCUUAUAGAAGUAUAUAAUAGAAGUACUGCAAAAUUCAAAUAAAAAACCCAUUCUAGAGUUGAAACCUAA